AAUCCCCAUCCAGUUGACUACUUUAAAAUGGUGGAACCCUCAAUGGCAGUGUCCAUGCUAAAAAGGGUUAUGUCCAUGCUAAAAGUGGUUAUGUCCAUGCUAAAACAGGUUAUAGCCAUGAUAAGCACCUGCAAUAACAUCUGCAAAAUGUGUACCAGACCAAUAACAUUUUAUUUGAUGAGUCCUCUAUCUAUCUCUAUUACAACAGGGACAACCCCGAUAUAAAGUCGUUUUUUUCAAAGAUGCCAAAAUGCCAGGUGCCUCCACUUAUAUCAGUGCAUUUGUAACAAACUAACCACGAAGCCUCACAUAGAAAAUUAGCAAUUAAAUUUUUUGUUGACCAAAUUAGACACUCUCUCAUUGACCUCCAUACAAAAAUUCUUACACUUCGUGCAUUAUUUUCGUGGACAGAUUUUUGGCUGAGUAACACCUCUUGUUUCGCCUCUUCCUCUCUGGUGUCAGUUUAAAUGCGCCCCGGUGUGGCGUUCCCAGUGUGUGCUAUUAAGAAUCCUUGGGACGUCCAUAGACUAAAUACUAACCCUAACCUUAACCUCUACUCUAACCCUAACAAUUUAAAAUGUCAACGUCAUGGGGUAGGGGCGUCCAAAGGAUCCCACAUAGCAUGGAUAGUUCAACAAUUGGUGACGUUGAGAAUAUACCAACUCAACAUUAAAGCAGGAAGUGGGGGCGUUGUAACGUUUACCAAUACUCAUUUUGAGUGAAAAGUCAAAUAAGAUAAGAUUGUGUAGGAUUAGAAUUAUAUAAAUCAACCAAUAUUUGUUUUAGGAAAAUAUAAACGAAAGUGAGUCGUUUUAGCGAGUUCUGGGUGCAUAAAAUAGCAUCAACCUCCGUACGUUUGAGCGUCAUGACGUGUCCCAACUCUCCAGCUUCAUGUUGCCACCGAUACUUCAAAGUGACAGCUGGGCAUUCGUUUUUUUCAAUGUUAACCUAAUCCUGGAAAUAAUAUUUCAAUGAAAUAUUCGACAAAUGGAAGAUCAAUCAAGUGGUGAGGCAGUUGCUACCCAAGUGGCUGAUUAUAAAAUGACAGCAAGGACCUAUUACACUCUAGCCGUGGAGAAAGUGAGAGAUGUCGUGUCGUCCCUUCCUGAUGACGUAAGGCCAGGUCCUGACCUGUAUGGACUGCCAUGGGAAGCUGUCAUCGUCACUGCCUUACUGGGGUUAGGCACCCUCCUAUUGUUCAGCUGCAGGUUCUACCAAUGUAUAAAGAGCAGACUGUAUUCAGGCAAAGAGAGGCGGAUGGGCCAGAAGGUGGCUGAACUAUUAGAUGAAAAGUGCAAAGUCCUUAAGACUUUGAGUGAGGUUCAACAAAAGUAUGAAAAACUGGAUUCUGCCUUGUGGAAUAGUGGUAUUUUGGCUCAAGCUUCAGAGCGAGAGAAUCUGGAGGUGAUGUCCCAGAGGCUGAAACAGUCAAAUGCACAGCUUGGAGAGGAUAUAGAAAAGUUAAAGGAGGACCUGAAUAUCCAGAGAGCGAGGAGGUUGCAGCAGGAGAAGACAAUUGCAGAUAUGCAGGAAACCUUGAAAACCGUAGAAGAAGAAACCAGGGACCUCAAGUCCCAGACAGAGCAGGCACAGACAACCCUGAAAAUAUAUGACAUGAACAGUGAGAGGAAUCAGAAUAAUCUGGAGGCAGCAAAAGAAGAGAAGGCCUUGCUCCAGGAGAAAAAUUUGCAGCUGGUCCAGGAAGCAGAGGGCUGGGGGGAGCGGAUGAGCGAACUGGAAGAGGAGAUGAGGAUGUGUGAGAGCUCCUAUACUGGAAUGGUGCAGGAUGCUGCCACCAAAGACGAGAGCAUCAAGUCCCUGACAGACUGCCUGUUGAAGAUAAAGGACUGGGACUCAGUGCUGGAGGACGGAGCCAACGGAGAGGAGAUAAACAGGACACGAGGGGAGGAAAAUGGAGAGGGGCCAGAUAACCAUCAACGACACAGAAUACAGAAACUAAUUCAUGCGGCAAAGAUGAAUGCAGACUUGAAGUCGGUGGAUGAAGACAAGGACAGAGUGUUUGCCAAGCUAGCGGAUGAAGUCAAGGCCAAGGAGGAUCUCCAAGAGCGGAUUAAGAAACUGGAGAAUGAGAAGGACUCUCUGCAGACAGAGAGUGAGAAGUACACGGGCCAGGUGCAGAAACUCCAGCAGAAACUGCAGAUCAUGACGGAGAUGUACCAGGAGAAUGAACUCAAACUACACAGGUUGCUGACGGUGGAGGAGAGGGAGCGUCAGCAGAAGGAGGCGAAGCUGACCAAGGCUGACAGGAGCAUCAGCCUGGCCGUGGAGGAGCUCAGCAGCUACAGGCAAAGAGCACAAGACCUCGAGGAUGAGCUGGAGAAGACCAACCAGGCCUACAAAAUCCAGAUAACUUCCCAGGAAAAGAAGGCACACAAUAACUGGCUAGCAGCACGAGCUGCCGACCGUGACCUGGCUGACAUUAAAAGAGAGAAUGCACACCUCAGGCAGAAAUUGACUGAUACUCAGUUCAAGCUGGAUGUGGUGGAGAAAGGCCCCUAUGCUCUGGACAACAUGGGCAGACCGUUCAGAGGUGAAAGGUCACCGUAUGGCCCCUCCCCCCUGGGUCGCCCCGCCUCUGAGAACAGAGCCUUCCUGUCUCCGCCCACCCUGAUGGAUGGCCCGCCACACCUCUCUCCAAACUUCCCUCCCAUGGGACCGGGAGGCAGAGUAUCCCGAGGCCUGGUAGAUCCCCCUGGUGGGGUGGACUCUGAUCGGAGUGGUGGUCCUCACUCUGACAGUGGCUCGAUAUCUCCCUCCUGGGAAAGGGAUCGCAGGGACCCACCUAUACCCCCUCCAGGGUAUAUGUAUCGAGACCCAGGUCUUCUCUACAGGAGACCCCUGCCCGGAGCGUUUCCCCUUGGGCCUAUGGGCCCCCUCCCAUCCAGGGGCCCCGGUCCUGCUGAGCCCCACAGCUUUGGGCCCCACCCUGGAGAUCAAUCUGACUCAUCAUUUAUGGAAAACAGCAUGGGUCCUGGUGAAAAUGAAAGAGAUUCCCACCUGUCAGCACCUGGAGAUCUGAGAGACAUGAGAAUGCCCCCUGAUGUAGACAUGAGGAUGGGGCCUCCUCCCUUAGGACCCCCUGGUAUGGGUCCCCUCCCACCCAUGGACCCUUACUUUGCACGCAGAGGCCCCCCAGGCCCUUACGGACCCCCAGACUUCUUCCCCCCACGAGGUCCAGCAGGGCCCCCCAUGGGCAUGCGAGGGCCACCUCCCCCGGGAAUGUUUGGGCGAUUUCCACCUCCGUUGCAUAUGGGCUACCCUCCCAUGAGGCCCCACCCUGACAGUUUCCCCCCUGGAACCCCUCCACCAGACAGCGAACAGCCUCCCGACCAGUCCCCUUCUCCACAUGAUGUCAUCUGAGCCAUCUCUUUCUCCCUCUUCGGGGGAGAAACUCUCUCUGCCUGCUUCCUGUGUGGCACUUCACUUCCUGUUGUGCUAGUAGUGAGCGACUGAGGAUGUGCUCAGGGACUGGUUCAUGAAGUGUAACCUUGAGUCAUGUGACUGUCUUUCCGUUUUUUUAGAGGCCGACAGUGGAAUUGUUUCCCCCCCAGUCUUUCGCACACAAAAAUGGAUUAGUGGCAUAGGACUGUUAUGAGAGAAUACAAUACCACCAGGAGUUUUACACAACUGGAAGUACUUAGUGAUCAUCUAUGUAACAGUUCAGUACUGUUGCUAUGUGUUUUUCUGAUGUUGAAUGCAGUGUCUUUUUGAAGCAGUUCUAUAGUUAUGUGAAUCUGCUGAUGUUAAACUGUCUGUGAGACUGCCUUGUUCUGAGUGGUGACUUGGACUAAUUUGAGAAGGGUGUGUUUGCUUGCAAUGUCAAAGCCUUUUUAUUUUAACUUUGAAAUAAGUCCCUAAUUUCUCCCUCGCAUUCUUCCCAUGUAUAUAAAGAGAAAAAUCCAAUAUUGUGAAAAGGGAAGUGUGUAUGUAUACCAGCCGUAGUCCAUUCACAUGUCCUGUCAAUUGAGCUGAAAGAUGUUCAUUACCUUUUAGCUGUGAGGUCUUGACCGUCCAUAGUUUGAUCAUUGAAUGUCAUGAAAUUACGGUAGUGUUAUUAGCCUUGAAGGAAUAUGGAAAUGUGAUAUUGUAAAAGUGUAAUAAAUUAUGCUCAAGUGUUUAGUUGUCUUAGAUUUUCAUAGAUCAAAUAAUUUAGGGGAUAAUCAUGGAAGAGGAUGAAAUCGCUUCAAAACAGAUUAUAGAAUGAAUUGCAUUAAAUAAUAAAUGAAUGCCAGCUCA